CGUAAUUUGCAUAGGCCUUAGCUCACGUUCAUUAAAAUGCAAAGAGUUGUCUGUACAAGUAAAUCUUUACUUGUCAUCACGUUACAAAUCAUAAUUCAUUACAGGUAUGCAAGGACAGGGGCAUUUGUAAAUCAGAAGGCAUUUAGCUCACGCUCGUUGAUUACAAACUGUAGUGCAGAAAAGCAGCUAACUAACAUUGCAUUAUAAAUCGUAAUCCGCAUAGACUGGCGGCCGGGCGCGUAUUGUAAACCGUAGUGCUGAUACGCGCGCCCUCACUAUAACGCAUUGAGGCGGGGGAACCUCGCCAUUGGUUGUGAGGCGGUCACGUGGAGCGUCGGACGCGUAAGCGCGCUGGGAAGUAUAACGCGCCCGCCGCGGAACGCGACCAGACCGCGUUGAUUCUCCGCUUUGAAUUGGCGCGACAAAACAAAUAAAAUUAACAUCACCACGGCCACGACGACGACGACUAACUACUGCUGUGGUAGACGCAAGGCGGUGAGGCGGCUUCGGCUGCCGAGCGUCGCAUUACAAUUAAGGCGGGAUGAGUCACCCAGUCGAGGUGGGCGAGCCAGGGCGAGCGGGUGCAUAACGUGGGUGCGUAACCAUGGCGACACCAUCCUGAGUGGUGCUGCCGCUGCUGCUCCUGCCGCUCCUGCUGCCGCUGCAGCAGCGCAAACAACCAUUGACGUCUCUCCGGCCGCCCGCCCGCCCGCACUCUCCCUGCCGCGUAGGCGCGACAGCACCACCGUCCCGGCAAGAGGCUCCGUCAAGCGACGUGUUGUCCGAGGUUGGCCAGGUCGCCCUCGUAAGCCGUGACACCAGGACGACUUCCUCUUCACAGAAGAGAAUGAACUCUGCUUCAUAAAACCCUCGGCAGCUCCACCCUUGCCUCUUCGCACCGCCUUCUGAAAAUGGACCACAUGAAGGCGCAUCCUGCUAAAUCAUAAAACAAAUCUAGGGUCCGCUCAGUGACGCGUGGUGGAUUCGGCGUCGACUCUAGAUCGACACGGCGUUUUUUAAAAAUAUUAUUUUAAGUACGGCCUCUUGCUGCCCACGAGCUGGUUUUAAAUAUAAUUUUGAGUGCGGCACGCCCCGUGACGCUGCUGAGCAUUCACGUUCUGCGCGGGGGCCCCUUCCCACCGCCGCACCCCUGCGUUCCACUCAGACUCAGCCUGCGAGCCGCCGCUGAGCCUGCCCUGUCCCGCGCAGAGCCAUGCUUCCAUUGGUGCUGGUGGUGGUCUGUACGUGCUGGCUGCUGGCAGCGGUCGCGCCUGCCGACACGAGCCUGCACAGCAGGCGUCGAGUGGGCGGUGCAGGAGUCGACUCCAAGUGCUCCGUGACUGCUGACGCCCAGGACGCGGGCGACGCGACGGAGUUCACCUACGACGUGCAGAUGCCGGCCGUCCGUCCCCAAAAGCAAGAUGCCUACCUUUGCACCAUGGUGUCUGUGCCUUCCCCUCGGACCAUGUACAUCGUCGACUUCGUUCCUCGGGCAAACAUGAGAACGGCGCAUCAUAUGAUCCUGUUCGGCUGCAAAUCGCGGGAACCCACCACCAAUGUAUCCUGGGAUUGCGGGAGGGAUGUCAGUCCCUGCCAGGAUUCCAGUAUCAUGUACGCCUGGGCACGCAAUGCCCCUCCCACGCGGCUGCCAAAGGAUGUGGGCUUCCGCGUGUCAGGGAGCAGCGAUGUCAACUCCUUCAUGCUGCAGGUUCACUACGGGGACAUCUCCACCUUCCAAGAUCGGCACAGUGACUGUACAGGAGUGACUCUUCACCUAACCUACCAACGACAAUCGAAAAUCGCUGGAAUCUACCUUCUCAUGUCCCCGAACUUUAAUAUCCCAGCUGGAAUAAAAGAGGUCAAUGUGGACAUGGCGUGCGUGUACAACAAGGAGGUCCCCAUCUACCCGUUCGCAUACCGCGUGCAUGCCCACCACCUCAGUCAAGUGAUCAGCGGCUACCGGGUUCGUGACGGUAACUGGACGGAAAUCGGCCGGCAGACCCCACUGCUGCCACAGGCGUUCUACCCGCGCGCGGAGCCCAUGGAGGUCAGGUUGGGAGACAUCGUGGCGGCUCGCUGCGUCUUCUCGGGGCUCGGGAUGUCCGAAACCACCUACGUCGGCAUGAACUCGGACGACGAGAUGUGCAACUUGUACAUCAUGUACUCGACGGACGCCUCCCAGGGCAAUCCCAGCAUCCGGUGCAUGAAGCGUGGAGAGGCGCGGCUCUUCCGAGGAAUUCCGGCGAUCGCCAACGUUCCCGUGCUGAUGCCCAACCGCUCGCCCGAUGACCUGAAGCUGGAGCAGGACACGCAGUGGCACCCAGAGGGGGUCACCCUCGGGCAGGUGACGGGGCUGGCCGUCGACACGGAUGACCUGAUUUAUGUGUUUCACCGUGCUGACCGCAUUUGGGACCCCCGUCGCUCCUUCAACAACCGAGAUGAGUUCCUGGAGGAUCAUCUGGGCCCCAUCGCUGAGGACACCAUCCUGGCAUUUGACCCAGUGUCUGGGCACCUCGUGCAUUCGUUUGGCAAGGGCAUGUUUUAUCUACCACAUGGACUCAGCAUUGACUUUGAGGGCAAACUGUGGGUGACGGAUGUGGCUCUGCAUCAGGUGUUCCGCUUGGCCACCGGGGGUGGGAAAGAGCCACUGCUGACGCUGGGCCAGCGCAUGCGCCCUGGCGAUGGCGCCUCGCACUUCUGCAAGCCCACGGACGUGGCGGUGGAUCCACGCUUGCGCCUCGCAUUCAUCUCCGACGGAUACUGCAAUGGCCGCAUCGCGGUGUUCUCCCUCGACGGCACCUUUGUCAGAGAGUGGGGCACCGAGGGCUCCAAGCCGGGCGAGUUCCGCAUCCCCCACGCCCUCACGCUGGUGAGCCGCGUGUCGGACGACGCCGGCAACGACGGCGGCGGUGACAGCAGCGCGCUGUGCGUGGCGGACCGCGAGAACGGACGCGUGCAGUGCUUCCGCGCCGACGACGGCACGCGGACGCGCACCAUCGAGCACGCGGCGUUCGGCGGCCGCGUCUUCUCGCUCGCCUACACGCCGGCUAGCGGUGGGCUGCUCUACGUGCUCAACGGGGCUCCUCUGACAGGAGAGGAGGGCGGAGAGAUGCCCAAGGGCUUCGUGCUGCGCUAUGACACCGGCGACAUCCUCAGCACCUUUGUGCCCAAGGACGAGAGGAUGCACAUGCCUCACGACGUGGCGGUCCUGGGCAACGGCAGCGCUGUGUUCGUGGGCGACACCAUUUCCGGGCGCGUGUGGAAGUUCACGCCCGUCGAGAAGGCCAUCCACCGCUCAGUCAAGAAAGCUGGACCAUCUAAUGUGCAUGUAGGGGCUAGCGAGUCGGGAGACCCGCGGCUGCUGUCGGGGUCGCAGCACGGUCCAGGGGAUGCGGUGGUGGCGCCCGCUGCCCCUGGGGUGGCGAGCGGGCGUGCCACCCUGUCGCCCACAUUCUUCGCCGCGCUUCUGGCGCUCCCAGCCAUACUCGUGGCAGCGGUUGGGGGCUACAUGGCGUGGCGGCACCGGGCCUACAGCGAGUUUGGAGCCCGGCAGCGAAACAAGGGCCUGAACCUGGGCACGUUCCUGGCUUCGCACGGCUCCUACUCACGCACGGGCUUUGACAUCCUGAGCACGGAGGGCAGCGACCACGAGCACGCCAACACCUCCGACUCCGAAGUCGAGGAGUUCAACGCCAAGCCGCGGCACUCCGCCGUGCCGUGAGUGCCCGGCCGACGCCGCCGACGCCCGUUCCGAGGUUGUUCACGUCGGGGGGGGGGGGCCCCUAACCGAUCGUGACGGUGUGAGUGGUCGCGACGUCAUCUCACUUCUCAGUUCUUUGUGGAGGCCAAGCAUGUCGUGCACGGUGUUUGCCGCACAGAGGUGUAUUUU